GGUGGGGGAGGGAAUGGCCUGGGUGGCAGGGGCUGUGCAGGAGCCCAGGCAGGGGCUGCCAUGUUGGUGCAGGCACGUCCCAGUGGCAUGGGUUGCCACUGGCAGCCUCAGAGCCAUCAGGUGCAGCGAGAACCUACUGGCUGGAGCAUAAAGAGAAGGAGAAAUGAAACCUGUCAUUCUUCCCCUCCUGCUGAGUUCUGGGCGGGGUUCUGGGGGAGCCUGGGAGCAGCCCUACUGUUCUGGCCGGAGCUGCUGGAGCCAGACUAUCCCACAGGAGCCAGGCCGACAAGGACCAGGGGCCACCACCCAAGGCUUAAAAUAUUGCUCUCAGUAAUCCUGUGUCCUUCCUACCUGCCCCGCUUUGUGGACAGCCUCCAACUGGGAAAUGAGUCCAUAUACGGGGCCCUGCAUGCAUGAGCACCCUUGGACAUCAGUGAGCAGAGACGGGGUGUGUGUUCCGGCUGGUUCAGGCCUUUGUUGACACUGGAUCUCAGUUCUCACAGACCAGGCUGUGGGGAGCCACCCAGUGGGGCCACUGGCUUCUCACAGUGCAGCUGUCAGGGGCUCGUGAGGAGGAGGUGCAGGGGGAGGUAGGGGGGAGGUUUGAAAAGAGGGCGUGCUUUGAGGUGCAGCUGGUGGGCCAGGCCAGUGUGUGGGAGUCGAAAGAGAACUGUGGUGCACAUGCGCACACACACACACCCUCCCCUCCCCCUGAUGCCCCAGGUGCAGAGCCCUUGGCUGGAGGCGCCGGCUACACAUGAUCCUCCCCGCUAAUCGCCCUCACCUAAUCCCGCAGGGCUGUGACUCUCCCAAGGGCCUGAGGGCCUCAGGCAAUAGGAGGGCGACUCCCAGGAUGCCCUCCUCCUACCUCUCCCCUGCCCGGGGACAGGCCGGGGGAUGGGAUAAACUCCCCUGAGAGUGGGCGCCCUGCCUGCUUGCAAGGGCUGCGUGUUCACUGUGUCCUGGAGGUCGCUGCACGAGGAGGGUCGCACUCUCCUUGUACGUGAGGAGGGGAUUUUCAGCUUGUGCGCCUCUCAGGCCAGGAGAGUCAUCUCAGGCUUCACUAGAGCUUCUCCAGCCUCAGAUGGUCUCCCACGAGAAAGCGGCAGGGAGAGGUCAGGCUGAGAGGUGAGCAGGUACCCCAGGGCCCGGCGGCCACAACGGGCUAGGGCUAGGGGUGGGGGCAGUGGGCAGAGCCACCAGCCCUGUCCCCUCCCCAAGAGGCCCCCUUCUUGUGCCAUCUUGGUUUGGGGGUCACGUGGCUGGAGCACCCAGGAGACCUUACCACCUGUCCAGUGUCAGCGGUCGAGCACAAGCCGUGGGGAGCAUCUGGCUGGGUGGGGAGAGUGACCAUCAAUAUGUGGGGUGAAGGACUCACCUCCCCUGAUGGGGGAUUUCAGUGGGUCUGUGUGUGCAUGGGAGAGGGCCCAGCCAGCACCAGGCCGACGGAAUGUUCGUGCACAGCGAUGGUGGUGGUGGGCAUCCUGUCAGAUGUCUUUCCCCACAGCCCUGUCCCGGGCCUGGUGGCAAUGUGGGCUUGGCUCCAGGCCACCUGCCUCUCACCUCCACCUGCUCUCCACAGCCUGUGCGGUUCGGAUUUGUAGCCGUGGGCAGCUUGGGUAGGGGCUGCGGCUCCUCAUGGAUACGAUGGUGUCCUGGGGGUCCCCGAACCCCAAUGCCAGCAAGGACCCCCCUACAGCAGGGGUUGGAAUAGAGCUGCUGCUGUGUCAGGCAGGGCGCCCCAGAGUAACACAGCCAAUAGGACAGAGAUAUACACACAUAUAAAGGUUUAUUAUAAGAACUUGGUCCAUGCGAUUCUGGAGGCCAGCAAGUCCCAAGAUCUGCAGUUGGCAAGCUGGGCCCAGGAGAGAUGAAGGUGUGGUCCCAGUCUGAAAGCUGGACUCAGCCGCUGUGACCAAAAUGCCCUUGUGCCCUGUGUCAGUCCACUGACUGCAGGACCACGUCUGGAGCAGAAUCUGCUUCCCCCAGUUUCCCGACAGAAGGGCAGCAGAGCCAUACAUCGCUGCCUAGACGCAGCCACAUGAGAUCUCGGUACAAACUCGGCACUUUCCUCCGGAAGACCGUGGACGCAGGACCGUCCUCAUGGCUGUGAGAUUCCAAGUGUCGCACAGCCUAGACUCGCUCAGGAUCCGGCCCCCUCUGCUGCUGGGGGGGGGUACAUCCCGGGUGCCACCUGCUCCAUCUUCAGCCCGAGGGCCCAGCCUCCCGCUUCCUGACUCUGCUGUUAGGGGCCAAAGCCUUCCAGAGAGAAUCCGGCCUUCCAGCCAGGAAUGCGGUACCUGAAGCAGAGCUCUGGCGUCGUGAAAGAUUAUAAUAAACACUCGAACAGGCACUGUCACCCGAGAGCCGACUUGAUGGAGAAACGGCACCGUCACAGACGAGGUGGGAGGGCACCCCACAGUCAAACGGCUGUGGGUUCAGGAGACUCGUCAGAGGCUGGCUCCUGACGGAACUCAACCUGUACGGCUGCAACUGCCGGCGGGUCAUCCGGCUAACAACUGAGAACAAACUGGCCGCUGGGACACUGUUUGGCGACUUCCACUGCUGGCACUGUCACCCCCUCGGCAGAGAUGCCCCAGCACUCAACGGGGGACAAGCCGCUCCUCUCCACGCCGCAGCUGGUCUUCCCCAGCCUGCCCUCGGCCGUAGACAGCGGGUGUGGCCACACCCCCCCCAGCCGGCGGGCAUCGAUCGGCUCGCCUCUGAGCCCCGGCGCCCUGCGUUCCGCCGCCCACAGCCCCCUGGACUCCUGCAGCCAGCCACUGUGCCAGCUGCCCGCUGAGAAGCAUGGGCCCCCGGCGGCCCGUGAGGUGCGCUACGUGUCGGCAGGGCCCAAGCGCCUGGCGUGUGGCUGGUGGGCCUUCGCCCCUGAGUGUCUGCAGGCCUUCAACACGCCCAGGGGCUUCCUGCUCUUCCUGUGCGUGGCCUCCUUCCUGCAGGGCAUGACGGUGAACGGUUUCAUCAACACCGUCAUCACCUCCAUCGAGCGGCGCUACGACCUGCUCAGCUACCAGAGCGGCCUCAUCGCCAGCUCCUACGACGUGGCCGCCUGCUUCUGCCUCACCUUCGUCAGCUACUUCGGGGGCAGUGGACACAAGCCGCGCUGGCUGGGCUGGGGUGUCCUGGUCAUGGGUGCCGGCUCGCUGGUGUUCGCGCUGCCCCACUUCACCUCGGGCCCCUACCAGGUGGAGGUGGACGAAGGCAUCGGGACGUGUCAGGCCAACCGCAGCGUGGCGUGUGGGAAGAGCACCUCAGGUCUGUCCAGCUACAGGCUGGUCUUCAUGCUGGGUCAGUUCCUGCACGGCGUGGGCGCCACGCCCCUCUACACUCUGGGUGUCACCUACCUGGACGAGAACGUCAAGUCCAGCUACUCGCCAGUCUACAUCGCCAUCUUUUACACGGCGGCCAUCCUCGGCCCCGCAGCCGGCUACCUGAUCGGAGGCGCCCUGCUGAACAUUUACACAGAAAUAGGCCAGCGGACGGAGCUGACCACGGAGAGCCCACUGUGGGUCGGCGCCUGGUGGGUCGGCUUUCUGGGCGCUGGGGUCGCCGCCUUCCUCAUCGCGGUGCCCAUCCUCGGCUACCCACGGCAGCUGCCAGGCUCCCAGCGCUACGUGGUCAUGAGAGCGUCUGAAACACACCAGCUGAAGGACAGCCGCCACAAGGUGGCCAGCAACCCCGACUUCGGGAAAACCAUCAGCGACCUGCCCCUCUCCAUCUGGCUCCUCCUGAAGAACCCCGUGUUCCUCCUGCUCUGCCUGGCCGGGGCCACCGAGGCGACACUCAUCGCAGGCAUGUCCACGUUUGGCCCCAAGUUCCUCGAGUCCCAGUUCAGCCUGAGCGCCUCGGAAGCUGCCACCUUGUUUGGGUACCUGGUGGUGCCAGCAGGCGGUGGCGGCACAUUCCUGGGCGGCUUCCUGGUGAACAAGUUCAAGCUCCGCGGCUCGGGCACCAUCAGGUUCUGCCUGCUCUGCACCCUGACCAGCCUGCUGGCCGCCUCUGUGUUCUCCAUGCACUGCCCCAAUGUGCCCAUGGCCGGCGUGACGGCCAGCUACGGCAACAGCCUCCUGCCCCAAGACCCCUGGGAGCUGACGGCCGCCUGCAACGCCGCCUGCGGCUGCCGGCCAGAGCACUACAGCCCCGUGUGCGGCUCCAACGACCUCAUGUACUUCUCGCCCUGCCACGCGGGGUGCCCCGAGGUGGCCGCGCCAGGUCCGGGCGGCCAGAAGGUGUACCGAGACUGUAGCUGUGUCCCUCAGAAUUUUUCCUCUGGUUUUGGCCAUGCCACUGCAGGGAAAUGCAGUUCAACUUGUCAGAGAAAGCCCCUCCUUCUGGUUUUCAUAUUCGUUGUAAUUCUCUUUACCUUCCUCAGCAGCAUCCCUGCGCUGACUGCCACCUUACGGUGCGUCUGUGACCAGCAGAGAUCCUUUGCGCUGGGAAUCCAGUGGAUUGUGGUUAGAACUCUAGGCAGCAUCCCGGGGCCCAUCGCCUUCGGCUGGCUGAUCGACAAGGCGUGCCUGCUCUGGCAGGACCAGUGCGGCCAGCGGGGCUCCUGCUUCCUGUACCACAACGCAGCCAUGAGCCAGUACAUGCUCAUUGCCGGGCUGGUGUACAAGGUCCUGGGCUUCCUCUUCUUUGCUGCUGCCUGCGUCCUGUACAAGCCCCCAUCGGGAUCUUCCAAUGGCCUGGAAGCUUCUCUGCCCAGCCAGUCCUCAGGCUCUGACAACCCCACAGACCUCCAGGAUGCCCCCACAGACCUCCAGUUCCAGAGUGAUGUCUGAUGUCCCACCCCCCGCCCAGGGGCAUGGGCCAGCCACUUGGCACUUACCGCACCACUGCCUAAUCUCUCCCCAAAAGGGCUGACCCUGCUGAUUGAUCUCCCAGCACUGAGGACCCUUCCAAAAUCUCCCACUGGGUUCUGGGGGGCACUGAGCGGAAGGGGGUGUGUCCCAGCCCAAAGGUGCCAAGGAAAAAGAAUGCAAGACACACCCAAAGUGGACACGCCACCCUCCUGGCCCCACCGGCCUGGCCCCUGGGCAGUGGGAUGACCGCUCUCCCGCUAGGAAGGCGCAAGGCCCCACAGCGCCCGAGGCGGUGCCACCUUCCAUCCUUCCUCCUGCUCAUUUCACACACAGUGGCUGUUACCCAACGGACGCAGCCGAACAGCAUAGACUGGAGCCUGGGGACCCCCCAGACACGUUAAGGGACACUGAAGCAGUCACACCAUCUCUCCGUACCUCCUUCAGGGCUUGUGGAAGAGCAGAGCCACCUGUGGGGUUACGUGAGAGGCUCCCAUCUCUGGUUUCUUUUCUAAAUGGCCGAUGUGUGGAUCUGGCGGCCGCCUGCUGGUUUAGAAGUUGCUGUUCCCACGAGAGACGGAGAAGCACCUGCCACGACCUUUGAUGCACACACAGGCCUGGCCCAUGGUCUUUAUUGAUGCUGCACUGUGCUGUGGGGGCCGCUCUAUGGAAGGGACAGAGCACUGACCCCACCACGGGGUGCUGGCAGGCCAGCCGGCGCUUCUCAACGGUCCACUUCAUCUGGUGGCCAACCUGGCCCUGACCUCCUGGUGAAGGGAAGCUGGGUGUGAGGCCAUCCCCAGGGCGCGUUCCUCCUGGAGCCUUCUCCUCGAUGUGUUCACAACCUGCUGUCCUGGAAGCCACACGGCCCCGCAGUGGGACAGGAGCAAUGCACAUAAGCAUGUGAUUACAGACCCGUGUUUUGCAUAAACACUUAUUUAUAGAAUUUGUUUUACCUUUGGUGUGGUGGGCAUGGCAGCAAACUCAGAGGCACCUGUGAAUUCUGCCUGGAGGGCACAGGAGUUUCCUGGACUGUGUGUUUGUGGGCAUUCUGAGCUAAAAUUGCGUGUAUGUUAAUAUAUUUUAAUAUUUAAAGCACA